AUGGCGCUGGGUCUCCUAUUCCCUGGUUCGGUAGGAAUAGGAUGCGUCAGAUACAGGACAGUAUUGAACGACUUCCUCCAUACUGACUUUGGUUCCUCUCGCUGCUGGUUCUGUAAGCUUUCCCAGCACCAGCCGAAGGGCCAGGGCCUUGUCACCGACCGCUGGUCUAGCGCUCGGAUCUGGGGCUCUCACUGCGGAGACCCCGGCUUCCGUCUCUGGGGGGGAAGCCAAGCCCCGCUCCAGACCUGCCGGCCGAAGCCCCUGGAGAUCGGAAAGCCCUUCGGUCCUGACACAAACGCCCGAGUUAGCGGGCGGCGGGAGCCCUCCGCGGAUGGAGGUCAGCCUGACUCCCGAGAGUACAGGGUGGUCCAGGAUGCCCUCCAGGGGUCCCCCUGCCCAGCAGGCAGGGGGCGGACCCGGAGCAGGACCGCGGCCCCUGGAGCCACCUGCGGGGGAGAUGGGAGUGCUGCCGGUGGAAGGGACCGGGGCUGGGGGGACGAGGGGUGGGCUGGGGCCCGCAGCACCCCCGGCGAGGACGGCAGGCAGGGCUCAGAGCUCGGGAAGGGCAGAGUGAGAAGCGCCCUGCCCGCCCCACCCCCGGCGCUUUGCAGGAAGAGGCGGCUGAGGAUAAAGCAGUGUGGCCUGACCGGGCGAGGUGUGGGUGCCCGGGGACCCUCCCCUGGGUGCCGGCUGCCAGGCCGAGUGGGUCCCGGGGCUGCACAGGGCCAGCCCUGUGGAGGGGCUGGAGCAGGACUCGCCACCCCAUCCCCGCACCGACAAUCUCCUCUGCAGAUGAAACUGGAGAGGAGAGCAGGGGUCAAGAGUGGGAUCCGCCAGGGUGGGUAUGCGGGGAGGCGAGGCAUGACCUUGGCCAGGAUGAAGUCUGGAAGGGUGGAAUGGGGCGCCUGGCCAAAACGCGGAAGCCUGGAGACUAGGGGCCCCUCCCCAGGGAGCCGAGAGCAGAGCCCCUGUAAACGGCGGGCGGGGACCUUCCGGGAAGUUCCUUUGCCCCAACUCAGCCCUGACGGGUCCACGGGGUAUCUGGCCCUGAGGCUGGCUCUCGAGUGCGCCAGCUGGGGCCUUCGGGAUCUGCACGUGGGGUCUCAGGGGCCCGAGCCUCGCCCUCCUCGCCAGGAGGAGAAGUGUCAGGCCCUGGGCAAGGGGGCCGGAGAGGAGGGGGAACGACGCUCCCUAAAACCAGCAAGAAAGGCUGGAUCCGAGGAUUGGAGGGCAGGCAGAACGAGCCUGCGGCCUCCUCUGGACGUGAAAGGGGCCACCACGACUGCUGACACGCGGUGUGGGCCGUGUGGCUUCACCCCCCGACGGGGCAGCAGCACAGACUCGGUCCAGACUCCCCAUCAGCAGACGCUCAGCCGCAGCUGCAGGCCGGCUGUUCCCCAGGGCGCCUGGGGGAGGUCCCUGGCUUCAGAGCUGCAGGAUUGGGGUGAGCGGAGCCGGCGGGAGGCACCUGCCACUGGAGAACACCGGGAAAUAGGAAUUCCUCCCAGGCCCAGGUACAGGCGCCGAGCCCCGCGGACGGCAGCCAGGAAGGUGGACUGCCCCAAGUUCACUUCCUCUCCCACGACGGGCACCUCAGCCCGUCCACUGCUGUCUGCCGAGGGUGGUCGGAAGGAAGGGGAGACUCGGCCCCCGGGGUCCUGGCUGUGGUUGCAGACCCUCCUCGUGGCCCCGAUCAAGCCCUGGCUCAGAAGCAUGACGCUGGUCUCCAGGGAAUCUGCGGGAGCGCCUGCCUCCCCGGGAGCUGACCUUGGUGUCCCCUUGGCUUUCCCAGGGGCCAUUCAUUCCAUCGGUCUUACCUCACCUCCCAGGACAGUGUUUAGUCAGAGCCUGAGCGUCACCAGUUCUACGUCUUGUGCUGCGGAGGUCACACCACGGGCUUCAGCCCGCUGGACAGAGGAACGGCUGGAAGCCGACCACGCGUUCUCGCAGCACGUGGGCUCCUGCAGACUCGACGGCUGCCACGAGUGA